CCCAUUCAAAAGAGAAUGCAUGAAGCGAGAAUUGAGAACAUAAAAGAACAUCCAUUGAGGGCACAGGUGAAUAGGGCAACGCAAGUGUUUAUCUCCGGUCGUUCAGCUGUCGUAAAAGGCCGUUAUAAGUGAUAACACCAUCAACGGAGCCGACGAAUGUUAGGGGUGUUGUCACAUUGGCAUGGUGUCGGGUGUUGGGCGGCGCUUCUUGAGUGACUUCAAGGUCUUGGGGUCGCUACGCCGCUGCACGUUGAAAGGAGAAAGCUGAGAAAGCUUCGGAGUCCGGACGUUGAGCAGCAUUUCGUCACUGAAGCCGUCGGAGCAGUGCGGUAACUACUGCGAUGGCGGAAUCAACAGGUGACGCAGCGAGCGCAUUCUGGAAGAGGAAAUACUACGUGAUCAUAACUGGGGCGAGCGUUGGGAUAGGAAGAGCUCUAGCUCAGGCCUUCAGCCGAGAAGUCGCCCAAAAUUCCGUGUUAGUCAUCACCGGUCGCAACGCCGUGAAUCUCAAUGAAACCAAGCGUCUCGUCGCCCAAGGUGCGCCCGGCAUUGAAGUUGUCGCGCAAGUUAUGGAUCAUUCCACGGCCACGUUUGACGAUUACCGAAAGCUGAUAACGGACACCUGGUCCAAGAUUUCUGCAGCGGACGGCGUUUUGCUGGUUCACAAUGUAGGCACGAUCGGUGAUGUGCGCAAGUAUGCGACGCAAUUCACCGACGAGAAAGAAAUCGAUGACUACUUUCAUCUCAACGUAACGUCUGUUAUGACGCUGACUUCGGCCUUUAUUGAAAAGUUCCCGAACAGCUCCAACCUUUCUAGGACCAUUAUCAACAUAUCUUCACUUGCCGCUGUCAAGCCAAUGGCUGGCGCGGGCAUUUACUGCACUGGGAAAGCUGCUCGACAAAUGUACAUGAGGAUUAUCGCUGCAGAAAAUCCCACGGUGACGGUGCUGAACUAUUCACCGGGCCCUGUAGACACGGCAAUGCAGCGAGCAUUGCACCACGGAGUGAAGGAGAUUGCUGAAGUGGCAAGAGGUGCGGUUGAGGCUGGUAGUAUUCUAACACCGGAUGCCACAUCUCUUAAGCUGGUUAAAAUUCUUGGGGAUCAGAACUUCCAGUCUGGUGACCAUGUCGACUACUACGACCGAACCUAGUGCAUUGCGUGUACUUUCUGCGGCCAUUCGUUUUGCAUGGCAUUUCUUGCAGGGUUAAAAUUUAUAGCACUGUUUCUGAACCUACUUUUAGAUAUGUUAAUUCUGUUCUGCACAUUGGUAUUGCAAGAUGAAGUAUUGGAAGCGUACUUACCAACAUGAGUCCUGUUCAAGAGCAGCAGCAGGUUUUGUUCUUUGCAUGUAAUAUGAAGUGGCAUUAUUAAUUGAUUGCUAUCCCAUAUUGUUAAUCACGUUGCAAUGCAAGAUUGAUUAGCAGUUUUUUACAAGCAGGUAUGCUUUUGUUUUUGUUGUCUUGCUUUAAAAAAUUCAAGAAAAUGCAUCUUGCAUACGGACCACAGUCACAUUUAUAUUUUUAUGUGGAGUGAAUACUAAAGGGUUGGAACCGCUUUUUCUUUUUUCAAUCCUGCUUGGUGUAACCUUUCUCCUUGCUGUAAGUACUUGGGAGCUUUAGGCCACACCUUGUUUUGAUACUUCGCUACUUUCAGAUUGCCAUUGCUACACUGCUGUUUCUUCAGUGCUAUACUUUCUUAACUUACUUGUGGUUGUACUGCUGACACCUUGCUUUGGGAUUACCUCCAGUGUUCUUGUUGACUGUGCAAAUAAAUUGUGCCAAUGUCUACUUGCGGUCUAAAUGCAUGUGAACUUGCGUGCAUGUAUUAAACACUGUGGACGACUA